AUGGGCAGCAAGGCCAGCAGGGUCCUCGCCCGUUACGGGCCAGGGGAGCUCUCCUUCUCUGUCGCUUUGGCAUUUGCGAUGAACUUGUGGGCCAACAAGAAACUUUCUCAACAGGGCCGAUCUGACAGGGAUCCCCAGUGGGACUCGAGGGAUGCCACAUGGAGCAAGCAGCGACCAACCCGGCGGCCGUCUGUGGGGGUCCAAGAUAAGAAAGAGUUUGCUGCCUGA